CGUCCACCAUCUUGGAAUCCGUUACAAAACAAAGCGAGACACCGGCCUUUUUUAAAGUAGUUAAAGUACGCUGAAUUCGAUUGUAACGUGAACCCUUGGCGAGUUUUCCUCAUUUCAGUGAGUUGAUUCGAACUGCUUGACUUCAUUUUUUCGCACCUUGGUUUUCACAUAUGUUUUAGCCGGCGGAUGAUUAUUCAUUUGUCGUGAUAUGCUAUUUAAAUGUUUUGCCUGACAUGGGCUCCUCCAUCAGCCGUCACCUGCGAGACCUGGGCGACGUUGGUGGUUUCGAGAACAUGAUCGGGCUCGGCUCCGAGCCUAACCCUGCUGCUGGUGCUGGUGCCGUGACUGCCAAAGGCGAAGGCGACGUAUCUCUUCCGUCGUGCCCCUCCACCCCCAGCACGCCCACUCCUUACCAGCCCGUUCGCGUCCUGGAUUUGGACCCGCGGUCCCCCACUGCUGAAAUCGUCCGGACACCCAUCGAGGUGGCUCCUAAAUUUGCCUUCAGGGGAUCGCAGGACUCUCCCAUGACUCGAGUUUUGCAGACACGUCGAAGUUAUUUGGAAACAGAUUUAGACACUUUGUCCACUAGCGAGUUCACAUCCAAACCAGAGAUUGGGACUGAGGAUCAAGGAGCAUCCUUGCCUCCUGGACUGACAUGUGCGCACCUUCUCAAACUUAAAUUCAUGGGUGUUGAUCCUCGCUCUCCUUCGACUGAGAUAGUACGGACUCCAAUUCAGCUUGGCAAGGUGCAGCAAAGGGGUGUCUCUCCACUUCACUUUGAUGACACCUUGAGUAUUGGAUCAGUUUCCAGUCAAGACAUCUUCAACAACUCUAUGUGCUCUUCUGAAUUCACUCGAGAUUGCAGUGAUCCGUCUGCCCUUAUCAGUGAAUGUGACUUGAGUGACAAGGAAGAUGAAGAAGUUGUUGCUGAGCCUUUGCAGGAAUCAAUCUUGAAGACUGCUGGUGAAGACAUUGUGAAUGAUGACCUAUCCCCUGAAAGUUUGACCAAGUGCUUAAACAAGUUAAUGGUGUUUAGAGAAGAUGAAGUCAAAGCUAGUGAAUCUGACAGAGCAGCUCCUGUCACCCCUGAAAGCACCAAGAAACCCUCUGGAAAUCGCUCGCGGACCCCACUUACUCCAAUCUGUAACCAAAGUAGAACUCCCAACAGCAUUUUAAGGGCCAAACAAUCUCAAAGUGUACAGAAAGAAAUUUUGACCAAAGCAAAAAUUUAUUCUACUGAUGAGAACAUUCUGACUCCAUCCAAAAUACGCUCUGUUGGUGGGGCUUUGAAAGAAAAUAGCAAUUCACAUGGGCGAGGAGUCCGUAAAGGACUUACACCUCUCUCAAACAAUAAGAAACAAAUCAGUGCCCAGUGGGAUCAGGACUCCUCUGUUGUCAUUUAGAAUAAGAAUGCUUAUAAUUUUUAGCUGCUAGAUAUCGUUUUGUGUUCCAAGUAUUUAUUACUUUAAGGUUUAUUUGACUAUUUUAAUUUUAAUACUAAUUUCUUUAAUGAGAAAUGGAUUUUUAUCCUCUAUGAGCCAAUGUGAUUUUUGUAAUGUGCACCUAUAAAUAAAGUGAUUUUAAAAAUAA